UCCUAUUGCGCCAGCUGAGUUUGGCGCCAAAUACGAAUGUUCCGAAGCGCUGCCCAAACUGUUUCGUCAAAUCGGUCAUUCUAAACACGCAUUUCUGAAAAUGAAUUCUCUCUCAAUCAUUAUUUAUUUAUUCGCGUUGUCUACUGAAUGUGGUUGAGACGUUUGUAAGGAAAUUAUUUCCCUGUGGAUUACGAGUCAAAGUGCAAGUUCUUGACGCCUGUGAUAAGAAUAAUAAAUACUACUAUCUUCCGAUAGAUAGCAUUUAACCGUUUUUUCUUUUUGUUUUUUAGUACUUAUCCACAUUUUUAGUUCUCUGCUUCAAGACACUUUUGAAGACUUACGUUUAAAAGUGGAGAGAAUGAGGGGAAUUAAGUGGCAAUGAAUUUCUUGCUAGUGCUUGAAGGUUUCGGGCAAAUCAGACUUCGGAGAACUUAACAUGGAAUCUCAGCCUUGGUAUCUGAUUUGUAUAUUGCUAGGAUUUUUGGUCAAUGAGACUCUCCAAAUGAAAGGAGAUCUUCGCAGCAAGUAUGCAUCAAUUAAAAAACCUGAACCGCCCGUCAUAGCUAGUGAUUACAGAAAGAAGAAUGACGAGGUAAAGCUCAAUGGAACCAGCGAAUUAACUAUGACCUCUGUCAAUGAAUUGUCGACACCGAUGAUUUUAUCUGCUUUAAGCAUUAUUGCACCUGGACAGAAUCUUGGAAACUUGACAAGGAACGUUACUACAGAUUCAGCCCGAUCUAAAAGGCAUUUUCAUCGGACUAAAGUUCCUCGCAAGGAUUUCCAUGGAAAGCUGAGAUCAGCAACGACGAGGCCUUUGAAAAGUCUCGGUGCAACCUCAAAUGCAACAUCCAGUGUUUCCCAUUUGUUACAAGCCCAGGACAUCAAAUCACAUAAUUUUGAAUUGAAAGACAGUGAUUUUGUAAAAUUGUUGGAUGCAUUUUCCAGCUCUUCAGUUGUUACGAGACCACAGACGUCAUCAGCAUUGUUGUCGAAAUCAGUUAUUCAUUCUGGAAGAGAAUCAAGCAACAAUAUUGUAAAUAAUACUGAACCUGUUAUCUCUUCACUGAAUUUGGAUUCCAAUAGAUCACCUGCUGCUUCUAUAUCAAACAUGGAAUCUGUACAAGAAAACUCCUCUUUCCCAGAUUUUGCGUCAUUUCUUUCAACAAGCACUGAAGAGAUUAAUGAAGUAACGAUUUUAAUGAAACUACAGCAGAGAACAGACAAUAUGACUACUGACAAAAAUUUAGGAAAUGAAACUAAUUUAGAAGUUUUUGAGGAAGUUUUAAGUUCUAGUACCGCAGAACCAAUGUCUACUUCAUCCUUUGUUAAAAGCGCGUCUAAUAGAAUACCGACAAUAGAUGAUUCCUUGAAAACGUCAAAACUUUGGGAAAUUCCUGCAACUAAUACAAAUACUACAUCGAUGAUGUUUGAAACGAUGGAUUGGUUGAGAGAAGAUGACACCUUGACUUUGAAUCGAGAGCUCAGAGAGAGAUCUACUAUGAAGAAAGAAAUGCAGAUGAACGAUACAGACGACAACUUCGAUAAUAAAAAGGGCAUUUCAGGAUUGUCGGAGAAGGUCUCUGAACUCGACGGAGAGACACCAUUAAAAAUAGAUAUUCCCUUCAGUGUAAGGGCUUCGACAAAAUUACGCCAAAAGGUCAACAAAAUUAAGGAAGGUGAGACAUCCACGAUGGAAAAUGAGGAUCAAAUACAUCAACUGGGUCAUAUCUUUGAACCUUGGAAACAAGACUCUUCUAAUCAAAAAAUAUCAGCGUCUCAGCAAACGGUUAUGUCAACUGGUGAUCAACUGGACAGCGAACAUUCAUCUACAAAGCAAUGUUUGAAGCCUGAGAAAAAGGAAGAAAUUGAAAAAGAUAUUAAUUUUAUUUCAACCUUCAACGUGCCCUUUUAUGAACGUGUUAACGAUUCAGGCUUAUCGACACUGUCGACUAAAUUAAAAUCUGAAGACUGUCCAACGAACUCACGUGUGCAACGUUUCGAAGAGUCUCCAAGCUUUUCUGAAAAUCAUAAUACCGAUAAUACUGUUUCGUCAAAGGUUCCCAAAAAAGAAAACGAAUCCUGUCCUGCAGGUUCAGAUUGCUACGUAGAUGUAAAAUCUGCAUUUGGAACUGAAAAUGGCAGCACGCUUACAGAAAUAAAUCUACAACCUGACCUACGAAAUCAAAAUAAUGAAUCGUACAAAAGUAAAGUAAUCGUUUCUGAAAGUAAAACAGUUACGGGUAAUGAAUCGUCCAUUCGAUCGUUCUUGGAGAGCAUGAAAAAGGGGACGAAAAUUAAUAACUUUAGUCAGACUUCUUUGAAUAAAACUAACUUCGAUAAUGAUGUUUUAACUAUUGUAAAAAAUGCCUCGAGGUCAAAUGUAAGUGAGAAGAAAAACAUCACAUCUCCUGAAAACGUUUACAUUAUUGGAAGUCUCGGAUACUUCAAAGAAAGCCAAGAAGAGUUCCCUGAAAUAGAGGAAGACUUUGGAAAAAGACGAGAAUCCUUAUUUGAUUAUGGAGGAGCUAGCGACGAUGCUGUUCUUUUACUGGAGGAACAUAAUAUUAGAAAAUUACCAGAAAUCGUGGAAGUGGAAAUAGAAACUCCAGAUUCUUCUACGUCUCAAUUUCGUUGGGAAGGGAAUCUAGUUGAUCGCUACGAUGAAUCAUGGUGGCCAAAUGACGAUGCCAGUAGCAGUAAACUAUUAGAUAACAGUUUUCUGAAAGAAAAAUCAAAUAUCAUUUACAUGCGCAAGGCAGCCAAUAAAAUUAGAAAGGAAUCUGAAAAGCUGCAAAGUUCCUUGGUUUUAACGGAUCACUUUACUCCAGAGGAAAGUCAACCCGAUAAAUCCUAUCAGCUUGUUCAUCUUUCAAUAUUUUAUGUGGUCAUGGCAAUAUGCAUAUCCUUGGUCAUUUUCAAUGUGUGGUGCAAAUACAUGCCAGUAUUGAAAGUUCCAAACUUUCCGACUUUCUGUUGGAAACAUCGACAAAUCACCAAAGCUGUAGUUUAACGUAACAAUGAUUUAACAUAAUAAUCAUUUAAAAUACAUCGAUGAAUACGAUGCUACAGUAAAGGAACAGAAAUAAAGGAUAAAGAAUCUCGCUGUAACCCUUCUGCAAAACCUUGAAGAGGACGUACAGUUUGAGCACAAGGCAAAAGGAUCCUGGUCACAAACUGGGAAGAUGGAAUCACUAUAAAUAAAGAUCAAUUUUAAUACUCAAUCAGAACACUAAUAGAAAUUUAAAAAAUGUAGAAAAUGCACAAUACAUGUCAGAGUGUAGUUCAGAGGAUUCUUUUCUGAGAAAUCAUUCAUAACGAAUUUAUUAUAUCCAGUUAGGGACGAUACUGUCUCAUUAUCGUCUGCAACCAACGUUAAAUUUGUAUUUCCGCUAUUGAUAAUCACUAUGCAUUAAAAUAUCAGCGUGAAAGGAAUAAGGAUGAAUCCAGGAAUUUCACUUCAUAUAAACAUGUAUUUAUUUAGUAAUGCAAUGAAACCACAUCCAUUUACAUUUUAUAUAAAUUUGAAGUUAAUGUAAUUAUGUUUACGAACACCUGUUUCUACUUUUUAAAAUAAGGACGAACCAUUGUGCCUACUUGGAUUAUAUAAUUUUAAUGAACAUAUUAAAAAUUUAUUGUAAGUCGCAAGUAGCAA